AUGGAUGAAGCCAAGGACCGGCAGUCGUGGUCCCAGACCUCGCCCUCCGAUCGAGCCGACGAUGGCGACGAAAUUUCCAUCCUGCGCGACCGCGAUGCUGAACAGAUCCUUCCCUACGAGGCCGACGACUCGCCCUUCCCCGAGGUGCGCGCCGUCGUCCAGCCCCGAGAUGACCGGUCGCUCCCCGUGAAUACGGCUCGCAUGUGGACCAUUGGCCUCCUCUUCACCAUCAUCGGCAGCGGUCUCAACCAAUUCUUCAGCUUGCGCCAGCCUAGCGUCACCAUCAGCGCCCUGGUCGCCCAGUUGCUGGCCUUUCCCGUCGGAUGCGCCUGGGCCAAAUGGGUGCCGCUGGGCGUCUUCAACCCCGACCGACACUUCAAUAUCAAGGAGCAUGGCCUCAUCACCAUCAUGGCUAAUGUCUCCAUCGGGUCCGCCCAGGCCACCCAGAUCAUCGAAGCCAUGGUCAAAUUCUAUGGCAUACCGUCCCAUGGCGGCUUCGAGGUGCUGCUGUGCAUCACCACCCAGCUCUUCGGGUUCGGUCUCGCUGGGAUGGUCGCCCGCUGGCUGGUCGCCCCGGCCGCAAUGCUAUGGCCCCAGGUUCUCUCGAAUGCCGCCUUGCUGACCACCUUGCAUAACCGCGAGAAUACUGUGGCCGACGGCUGGACCAUCACCCGCCUGCGCUUUUUUCUCCUCGUCUUCGUGGCAGGCGCCAUUUGGUAUUUUGCGCCGGGAUACCUGUUCAUGGGACUGAGCACCUUCAGUUUCAUUUGCUGGAUAGUGCCGAAGAACGUCGUCGUCAACCAGUUGUUCGGACAAACCACCGGGCUGGGAAUGUCGAUUCUCACCUUCGACUGGUCGCAGGUGGUGUACGCGAACCAGAGUCCACUCCUGGUUCCAUUCUGGGCCGGGCUCAAUGUCAUGGGUUCGUUUGCCCUUUUCUUCUGGCUGAUAUGCCCGCUGGUCUACUACACCAACACCUGGUACUCGGCAUUCCUCCCAAUGCUCAACUCCAACACCUUCGACAACACCGGCAAAACCUAUGACACCGCCCGCAUUAUGAACCCCGAUGGCACCGUCAAUCAAGCCGCCUACCGGAACUACUCGCCCAUGUUUCUGCCGGCAGGCUAUGCCAUUACCUUCGGAGUGGCCUUCGCCAAUCUGAGCGGCAUCUUUGUCCAUAUUGGCCUCUAUCAUGGGCGAGACCUGUGGCGGCAGUGGAAAGGGACGAACAAAACCGAUGUUCACACUCGGCUCAUGUCGAGCUAUCGUACCGUGCCCUGGUGGUGGUUUGCGGCCAUCACUGUGGUCAUGUUUGCGCUGAGUAUUGUCACCAACGAAGUGUGGAAGACGGGUCUCCCAGCCUGGGCGGUCUUGGUGGCAUUCCUCAUGCCGAUGAUCUAUUUCAUUCCCGUGGGAAUUGUGAAAGCGAUGACCAAUAUCAGUAGCAACCAACUGAACCUACUCACCGAGUUCAUCGGUGGCUAUGCCUUUCUCGGACGACCCAUUGCAAACAUGGUUUUCAAGUUCUAUGGCUACGUUGCUGUUCAACAAGGACUGGAAUUUGUUGCGGAUAUGAAAUUGGCUCACUACCUGCACAUUGCGCCACGCACACUCUUUGCUGCACAAGGCUUGGCCACCCUCGUUGGCGCUAUCGUUCAGUGCGGUGUCACGAUAUUUAUGAUUACGAGAAUCGACGGGGUGUGUACAAGUGAUGCUGCGGGCAAUUUUACCUGCCCUCAUGGCCGGGUGACCUACUCAUCGUCUCUCAUCUGGGGUGUCGUUGGCCCCGGCCGACUGUUCUCUCCGGGAGAGAUCUAUGGCAAUAUCUUAUGGUUUUUCCUCGUGGGGCCGGUGGUCGUGGCGAUCACCUACCUCCUUGGUCGGCGCUGGAAACGCGUCAACUAUCUUUCCUGGCCCGUGGCAUUUGGCGCCAUGAGUCUCGUUCCCCCAGCCACGGGGGUGAGUUUUUCCUCGUGGUGGGCACUCAAUGUCAUUUUCAACGGCGUGCUGCGCCGUCGCAAACCGGCAUGGUGGUCGAAAUACAAUUAUGUCCUCUCUGCCGCUUUAGACUGUGGCGUUGCCGUCGCGACGGUCAUCAUCUACUUCUGCAUUACGCUACCAGCAGGAUCUUUGAGCUGGUGGGGUAAUACUGUGUAUACCAACACCGCGGAUGGGCAGGGCACCCCCUACAAAAGCUUACCGGCCCGAGGCUACUUUGGUCCCCCGAAAGGAGCCUGGGAAUGA